GGACGUCUCACAGAGUACCAGGUCAUUGGGCGCCAUCUGCCCUCUGAUGCCAACCCGACCCCAAAGCUCUACCGCAUGCGUAUCUUUGCGCCGAACGAUGUUGUCGCCAAGUCCCGUUUCUGGUACUUCCUCGCCAAGCUCCGCAAGAUCAAGAAGGCCAACGGUGAGAUCGUCAGCCUGAACAAGAUCCACGAGAAGCACCCUCUCAAGGUGAAGAACUUCGGUAUCUGGAUCCGCUACGACUCGCGCUCCGGCACCCACAACAUGUACAAGGAGUACCGCGAGAUGUCCCGCACCGACGCCGUCGAGUCGCUCUACCAGGACAUGGCCGCCCGUCACCGCUCUCGUUUCAGGAACAUCCACAUCCUCAAGGUCAUCGAGGUUGAGAAGACCGACGACAUCCGCCGCCCAUACAUCAAGCAACUCCUCACCAAGGACCUCAAGUUUCCGCUUCCUCACCGCGCACCACCCAAGCACGGCAAGCAGAUCUUCGCCGCUACCCGUCCCAACACCUUCUACUAA